AUGGGGAAAGCGCUAGGUAACUUCGGCUCGCGGGUCGGCAGCUACGUCGGGAUGAUGUCGGACCAGUUUUUCGACUACGACACACCCAAGAUGGUACAGAUCAAGAGCAAGAAGGUGGGGCUGAUCAACAGGGUGGUUCAGAUAUGCGUCAUAGCCUACGUUGUCAUAUAUGUUUUAAUUAUCAACAAAGACUACCAGAAGCGAGACAAUGUGGAAGGAUCGGCGACGGCUAAGUUAAAAGGCGUGGCUUAUACAAACAUCACGGGGGCGUGGGAUCUUCAAAUAGAUGACCCAACGCCCUACAAUCGGAUCUGGGAUCUUGCCGAUUACGUCAUACCGCCACAGCAAACGAACGCUUUUUUCGUCAUGACAAACAUGGUUAUCACGCCCCAACAAAGCCGCGGGAUUUGUCCAGAGGCUUCCGAUGUAUGGUUUGGAAAGUGUCAAACAGAUGCAGAUUGCCCAGCGGGUGAAUAUGUUAAAACUGGAAAUGGCAUGCGGACGGGUCGAUGCGUACCAGCGCCUUGGCGUUACAAAGACGUCAACAAAACCUGCGAAAUUAGAGCAUGGUGUCCAACAGAAUACGACAUGUUACCAAGGUCCAAAACGCCGGUGCUCAUGGAAGCUAAAAAUUUCACAGUGAUGAUUAAAAACAGCAUUUCCUUCCCAUUAUUCAACUUUUCAAAAAGAAAUAUCCGGGAAACUGCGGAGAAGGCUUACCUGCGAGGCUGCAUGUACGACCCCGUCAAGGACCCACUCUGCCCUAUCUUAAAGCUCGGGGAAAUCGUGGCUAUGGCUAACGACACGUUCGAACACAUGGCCUACAAGGGAGGCGUGAUAACGAUAGACAUCCAAUGGAACUGCAACCUCGACAGACAUCGAGACGAAUGUCUACCAAAGUAUCGAUUCUUCCGUUCCGACGAUCAGCACGCCAAAAUAGCCGCCGGGUUUAACUUCCGGUUCUCGAAGUUUUACAAAGUGGACGGCAAGGAGCAUCGGACGUUAACGAAGGCCUACGGUAUCCUGUUCAACAUUAAGAUCACCGGGCAGGCUGGCCAGUUCCACUUCAUCCCGCUCAUGCUCAACGUGGCGUCGGGGUUUGCGCUGCUUUCGCUGGCCACCGUCAUGUGUGACAUCGUUGUGCUGUAUCUGCUGAAGAAACGAAACAUCUACAAAGAAUGCAAAUACCAGAACGUCAACCCGGUCACGGACGAUGGCUAUGAGGUCCCCACCCUUCGAUCGUUUUCCAAAUCGGACGGCAACAGCGCUAUAUUCCCGCUCCGCCGUGUAUCAUACGACGGUAACUCAAUGGACGUGGGCAAGCGGUACGCCACGGCAUAUCUGGAUUCAACCUCCGACAAUGAUCGAAACAGCUAAAACAAUGAACAUUUUUUUUGUAUCUAAUUAUAGAAACACAGUUAUAUACAAUAAAAUAACCUGUUUGUAUUUUGGUGGAACGAUAAAUUGCCAACUUUGGAAAGCGGUGAUGUGGACUUUGAUGAAGAGUGAAAAUGUGUGGCUCGGAUUUUGUCUGUUUUUGUUGUCUUUUCUGUGGUUAAGUGUCCGCUACUUUUAAAUUAUAAGUUCAUAUUUAUUUCCGACGUUUCAAGUGCAUGUAUGUUGUAUUUAUGUCAGAUUACUGUUGUUUGAACGUCUUUUCGUCAGUGUCUUGCAGAGUUGUAACGAGUCACUGAUUUUUGUGA